CAUUCAGCCAUUAUGUUUUGUUGACAUUUGAAACACAAAAUAUUUUGGUGUCAUUGCGCAGCAAAAGGGUUCGCUUUUAUCUUCAAAAACUGCCAUUGUUUUAGAAUAGAUCUCCACAAAUAUGAGCUCGAAGAACUUGCACAAUAUAAGUUCGACCCAAGGUGAGUAGAAAUGUGUUAUUUUUAAAACAGAAAGAGGGAUUUUGGGGUUUUGUUUGGACAGUGUUUGGAUUAAAAUGUGACAAACUAUGGGUGUGUUUUUGAUCGCAUACAUUCAACAUACAUGAUCAAGUAAUAUUUGCACACAUUGUGACUUAGUUUAGUGCAAAAUGCAACUAAUACUAACAUUCUAAAAUAGCAAAUGAUUAAAUUAUCGAUUAUAUUUUACAAAUUUAUGCUAUGACUUGACAAAAUCAACGAAGCAUUUUAGUGUCUUUAUUAUAAAAUACGAUGAUAUAAUAUGUUGUCGGAAGUGACUCAAGUGUAUUUUAAAGUUUUAUCUAACAUGAAACGAUACUAUUAGGUCUUUGACAGUUUUGUAAUAAGUUUUGUUAUUAAAAUAGUUGCUGUAGACGCUUUACUUUGUGUGUAAUCAAUUCGCAAAUGGGAACAAUAUUUUCCGUGCAUCAUGCACGAAACUGCGCCUUUAACUGUAAUUGAAUAUAAAGUUACCGUUAACCGCAUAUAACUUUAUACUCCAAAUUUGAGUAUUUUCUAUUAGUUUGCUUCACUUAUAAUAAAUGUGUGAACAUUUUCAAAUUCUUUACAUGUAAAAUACGGGUAUUUGUGCAUUUUUCCCUGUUAAUUUUGUAAUAGGCAUUCCUUCCUUGCAUGUGAAUUUGUUGUAUAUAGUAUUUUCGUAUAAAAAAUUUUGGAACAGCUGCGGUUUUAAAAUGUUGAUUUUGUCCCUACGCAGCUGCUUCAGUAACCGGAAUAUGUCUUCGAAAUAUACAAAAGCAGAAAGGCUUGUUUUAUAUAUGUAUUAUAUAGUCAUGAAAAACUUGUGUUUGUGUGAUUUUUUUUAAAAUCACAAUGUACAUCAUAUUAUACAAUUCUGUUCUGUUAUCUUGAAAAAAUAUCUUUCCAUAAUUAAAAAAAGUUGAGGGGAAAGUUUAACAAUGAUUUAAAUAAACAUGUUUUAGUUUGUUACAGGCAAACAGAUAGUGGUUAACCCCAGAAAUGAGACAAGAAAAUCAAUCCUUUAACUGGGCAACCUUGUCAGUGUGUGUCCUAAUUUGUUUUACUUUAAAGCCAAACAAUUUUAUUCAUUUGCCACUACAUAUAGUGAGAAUAAUUUUCUCACUUAGAAACCUGUUUGAUCACCAUUUUCUGCACAAUAAGAAAGAGUAGUGACAAGAAACAUCUCUCACCUCAAAGCUCACCCUAUUUUAGAAAUGGCGGCCUUCAGUUAAUAAAUUGUUUUACAAUUUUAGAUCAAAGCGGCGAUACUGGUUGUUGCAGCAGUAUCUGUGCGGUCGUACUGACUGUAUUGUCGUUCAUAUUGGUUGUCUGUACUUUCCCUUUCUCUUUAAUGUUCUGUCUCAAGGUACGAGAAAGCGUUGUUCAUUUAUGUUCUGCUGAGGAGAAAAUGUUUUCUGACUCAUACUCUGAUUGAGUGUGUUGUAUUGUCACAUGCAUUGAGAAAGCAACCCACAAUUGUGUGCAAGUCUGCAAUUAGAUGCAUUAGCAUAAGCACAAGUAGGCAGAAUGCUUUAAUUUAUGUUCUUACGCUUGUGUUGGUGCAUAAGCAACAACAUAAGCAUGAGGAAAAGGCCGCAACAUUUUGAUAUUCUUAUGCUUAUGUUGCAUCAUAGUGAGGACAUGGCAAUGUGCCCUAGUUAGUUUGUUAUUUUACCCUGGUUGUUUAACACCAAUGCCAGAUAAUUUUACACAGAAGCAACAAUGCAGAAGAUAGCCAUAGCAACAGGUCAUGCUAUGCAAGUUUUGAAUGAUUUGCAUUGUUCAAACUUUUAGAAACAUAUUGUCUUUAACCUAUUUAGAUGCAAGUUGAUUAGCAUAACAAAAAACCUGAUCAAUUCUCAUGAUUUAAGCCUGGUUUCCACAUGGUCAUGGUCAAUCUCCCUCAACGCGGCCAGUUUCUAAUAGUUUCUGCCUGUAACCACAUAUAAAUCAUAAGUAUUCUCUAGUUGUAAUCACUCCGCAUAAUUUUCAGAUCUAAAAUGUUGUAUUUCGGCUGAUGAGAAAGAUUGUGACUCAAUCUUUACGACCAUACGGGAACCAGACUUUAAUUUACUAUGCAUAGAUUGUUCAAGAGUAUGAAAGAGCAGUUAUAUUUCGGCUUGGUCGUCUAAUGUCUGGUGGAGCGAAAGGCCCAGGUAAAAAUCAAAUCUAGACUAGCUGUAGCGUCAUACCAUUUUUUCAUGUAUAUAAUGAGAAAACUCUGAUUCCUUUGUGCAUAAACUAUGAACAUUAAAAUCUAGGUGCAUUUACUACUUUGUAGGUUUGUUCUUUAUUUUGCCCUGUAUCGAUUCCUAUCAAAAGGUUGAUCUUCGUGUUGUUUCAUUCGAUGUCCCACCUCAAGAGGUAAGUUUUAACACUAAUUCUUGACGAAGGGUACUUCUGAAUGGAGGGUUUGAGUAAGAUUACAUAGCUGCAGCUAUAUUUUCUCAGUGUGAUAGCUGCAAACUGACUAGCAUCUAUUGUUAGCAAUGCUUUGAAAACCUGCAUAGUAGAGGCAUGUGUGUUACUGUUAUUUCUGAGAAUUAUAGUAAUUACUUAACUCUCUUGACUUUUCUAGAUUUUGACCAAAGACAGCGUGACAGUUGCAGUUGACGCUGUAGUGUACUACAAGAUCUACAAUGCAACCAUGUCCGUCACCAAUGUGGAAAACGCAAGCAACUCCACGCGAUUGUUGGCGCAAACCACACUUCGAAAUAUCUUGGGAACCCGAAGCUUGAGCGAGAUCCUGUCGGAGAGAGAGACUAUCAGCCAUGCAAUCCAGACCAACCUGGAUGAGCCCACUGACCCAUGGGGUGUGAGAGUUGAGAGAGUUGAAGUGUAAGUAGGCUGAUCCAUCUGGACACAAGAUGAAGUAUCCAGACAAACUAUCUUGAAUAGAUAAUUAAUUGUAUCAAUCCACAGCUUUCUUGAAUAGCAUGAUCUAUACUAGCAAUGGAAUAAUAUUUUCUUGAUAGUUUGACUAAUGUUGUGUUUAUACACAUAAGUGGAUUAUCUGUCAAAAUGAUUUGAAUGCAUGUUUGUUUGAGAAGAUGAACUAUGUGCACAAAAUUUAUAAUUUGUCUACAUGGCUGAGAAAUUCUGUAAUUCAUGCAUAUGUUUUUGAUCUUUUUACAGUAAAGAUGUGCGCCUUCCUCAGAACUUGCAGAGAGCUAUGGCUGCUGAAGCAGAGGCCGCGAGAGAAGCCAGAGCCAAGGUGAGUCAUAUUGUGUUUGUAUAAACUCUGUAAGGUUUAACUCUGUUAGACUCUAGUCGCGUCCAGCCCUGCAGAUUUUCUUCAGGUACUCACCCUUAGCUGGAUCUUGGGGGAGAACAGUUUAAAACUAUAAAUUUCAUUUCAAUAACCAAAUCUAUGUUGUUUGUAUAACUAGGUGAUUGCCGCUGAAGGUGAAAUGAAUGCAUCACGAGCCUUGAAGGAAGCUGCUGAAGUGAUUGCUGAAUCACCACAAGCCCUGCAACUAAGAUAUCUGCAAACACUGAGCGCUAUCUCAGCCGAGAAGAACUCUACCAUCAUCUUCCCUCUGCCAAUCAGCAUGCUGAAUGCUUUGAAGGGUUCAUCUGGUUGACGACUGACUUAAUUUGUCUCUUCUAUACCACUAUUACUAUAUUACUGUAACUGUGUUAUCAUAUUUCUGACUGUAUUAACACACAUUGUAUUCUGUAAUUGCACCGUUAGUACCAUAUAUUUCAGUACACUUGAUCUGCCUACGCUUGAUUUACUCAAGUUACAGAUUUCUUCUGUGCUAUAUUCUAUGUAGCUUGUGAACACACACUGGUGGGUUUCAAUAUGCGACAGCAAAGGCAGGUGGCCAUGCUUCAGAAAUGCGAACACAUCGUUUCAAGGUCGGUUUACUACACUACACAACUUUUGCCUAAAACUGUCGCAUGCAAGCUGCUUACAACUUGAGUUGUACUGUGUAAAUCGAGCAUACAACUUGCCUGCGUAGGCAAAAGUUGUGUAAUGUGCUUAGUGAAACCCGCCUGCCCGCAAUGACGAAGCCAGCCAUGGAAGCUGCAUGGUCAUGCACCUAAAGGCUUCGAGACAUUGUAUUUCUAAAGGUUUACAUAAUUACCACUUGAAUGGGCAAACUGAGGCCGCUUUUGCAUAUUUUUGGGUUUUUUUUUCAAACUAACCAAAACCAAUCACCAGCGGCCGUUAUUUUGACUAUAAACAUUUUCCGGUUAUGAACUUAUGACGUAGCCAUAGGUCUAAAUAACCCACUGGUGAAUUGGUUUUGGCUUAGUUAGAAAACAUUAAAAAUACGCAAAAGUGGCCUCGGUUUUUUCGAGCUGUAAAAUAAUGAAUAAUUUGCAUAACAUGAUCAGUUAACUAUGGCUAGCUUCACCAUUGCUACUGUCCUGUACACACUUGACUGGGAAUCAAGUUUUUAUCUAUUGAUUAUUCUAUGAUCGCAGUUAUUUAUUUUUAUCAGUAAAUAAUCUGUUAAUGUCAGGUACAUUGAGAUUAAUAAAGCAUAAUCUGUUUGAUUUUAAAUUAGUUGUUCUCUAAUAACAUGUAGUGCUCCAAAAAUAGAUAAGUUUAAUACCAAGUAUAUUACAAAUUUUACAAAAAUAGACAAGUUUGACGCUUUCGUUCGCGCUUGAAGGCUGGCAAUGUAUAGCACCCAUUCACUUGGAUUCACCCAUAAAGUAUGCCAGAAAAAUUAAAAUGCUCCUCAAUCUUAGGCUUCGGUCAAAUGAGAAUUGCCAGUCACGCAUUGUUAGGGACCGUUCAUUAUUUAUACCCGGGCAGUGGUACCGAACUGAGAAGCGAAAAACAGUGGAAAUUUUUUAUUUGCCCAACCUCAACAUUGGUCAAAAUAAUCCUAACCCAACCCAUGUGUUACUGUACUUCAUAAUAAUUAAACACACAUGAUUAUGGUGACAAAAAUCAAAUUGCCUAAAUUCUAAAAGCUCAAACUCACUGAGUAUGCCAAAGCAAUCACGUUCCUGCUAAUCAAUGAUAGAGUCCUCCUCAAUCACUAAUGGUCUAUUUUGGUAUUUUCCAAUGCAUGGUAAUUUUGGUUUUAUUUUAUAGCUCACAGUCAGCGAUAUUUUUUUUACCCAACCCAUGAGCUAGUCCCAUACCUCUUCGGUACCAACCCCGGGUAUAAAUAAUGACGGUCGGUUACCGGGGACAUUUCAAGCUCUAGAUUAACAAAAUAAAGGUUGGAUGAGUGUUCGGCUAUGUUUUAACUUAAAUAGAAUACACGAUAGUGUUGAGAAAGCAUUAAGAACAGCUAACCAAGCUCGCGUGACUGUCAACUCUCAUGCACUUCCAUACUCGUUUCAUCCUGGCUUCUUUCUUGCCAAGGCGAAGAUUGCUCAUCAUCAAGAGGCCACACUUUUUUCUGGUUCUGCCUCUUUCGACAGUUUCUUCUGUAGUUCGGCGAGGUAGCUUUCCACAAAACUUAUGUGGUUGACGAUAUUUUGACAACCAAAUGUAUGUGUUGCUCUCUCAAAAACCUCGAGAUCCUUUGCGAGUUCAUCAUCUGGCUGUUCCAGAGAUUUUCUUAGACUCUGUAGCAUGGAACUGG